AUGUCCUUCUCCAUGGAUUUCCGCUCGCUGGGCCGAGACCUUGCCCUCGCGUCGCAGAGCGCGGUCGGCUCGUCCAAGGACUUUCUGGACCUAGUUAAAGCCAUAGGAGAGGCUAAGUCGAAGGCGGAGGAGGAUAGGAUUAUGGCAGGGGAGCUGGAGCUGCUUAAAAAGAAGAUAUCUGAGCCAGACGUGCCUAAGAAGCGAAUGAAAGAGUACAUCCUUCGUCUCAUGUAUCUCGAGAUCCUGGGCCACGAUGCGUCGUUCGGUUACAUCCACGCCGUGAAGAUGACACACGACGACAACCUUCUGUUGAAACGCACGGGUUAUCUCGCGUGUACGCUUUUCCUGGACGACUCGCACGAUUUGAUCAUCUUGAUAGUCAACACGAUUCAGAAGGAUCUUAAAUCCGAUAAUUACCUCGUCGUAUGCGCGGCGUUAGGAGCCGUCUGCAAAUUAAUCAACGAGGAAACCAUUCCGGCGGUCUUGAACCCAAUAGUAGACCUCCUUAAGCAUCCCAAGGAGCUGGUCCGGAAGAAGGCGGUGAUGGCGCUACAACGCUUCCACCAGCGAUCGCCGUCCAGCGUGUCGCACGUGACGGAGAAGUUUCGCCAGGCGCUGUGCGACAAGGACCCGAGCGUGAUGAGCGCGUCGCUGUGCGGUCUGCACGACCUGAUCGCGGCGGACCCCGCGCCGUACCGCAACCUGACGGCGUCGUUCCUGAGCAUCCUGAAGCAGGUCGCCGAGGGCCGUCUGCCCAAGUCCUUCGACUACCACCGCGUGCCCGCGCCCUUCAUCCAGAUAAAGCUGCUGAAGCUGCUGGCGCUGCUGGGCGCCAACAACCAGGCGGCCAGCGAGCCCAUGUACCCCGUCAUCGCUGACGUCAUCAGGCGCAUCAGCGAGUCGCAGCCCAAGGCGGGGACGACGGGUCGGCGGGACGACUCGCAGGUGACAGCUGGCAACGCGAUCCUGUACGAGGCGAUCCGCACGGUGGCUGCAAUUCACCCGAGCGAGCAGCUGCUGGCGUCGUGCGCCGCCAUCACCUCCUCCUUCCUCAAGAGCAGCGUGCACAACCUGCGGUACAUGGGCGUGGACUGCCUGGCGCAGAUCGUGCGCAUCAACCCCGACCUGGCCACGGAGCACCAGAUCGCCGUCAUUGACUGCCUUGAAGACCCUGACGACUCACUAAAGCGCAAAACACUUGAUCUCCUUUACAAGAUGACGGGCCCGGGGAACGUGGAGGUGAUAGUGGAGCACGUGCUGCAGUACCUGCGCGGGCUGCGGUCGGGGGAUGAUGCGCACGCGCAUGGGCGCGCUGACCUGGCGGCGAGGAUUGUUGAGCUGGCGGAGAGAUUUGCGCCGUCCAAUGAGUGGUUCAUUCAGACGAUGAACAGUGUGUUUGAGGUGGCGGGGGACGUGGUGCGCCCCAAGGUGGCGCACGACCUCAUGCGCCUCAUUGCUGAGGGAUCGGGCGGUGACAACGACGACGCCGACUCGCGCCUGCGCUCCUCCGCUGUGCAAUCAUACGUGAAGCUGCUCAAGGAACCGAACCUGCCCACGCUGCUGCUCCAGGUCAUAUGCUGGGUGUUGGGGGAGUAUGCCACGUCAGACGGCCACAUGUCAGCGGAUGAAGUUAUGGCAAAGCUGUGUGACGUGGCAGAGGGCCAUGACACCGACGACACUGUCCGGGCGUACGUGCUAUCAGCCAUGGCAAAGGUGGUGGCGUAUGAGGCGGCGUGCGGGCGGCAGGCACGGCUGUCGGGGGAGGCGGGGGCGCUGGUGGAGGAGAUGGUGGCGGCGCACAGCACGGACGUGCAGCACCGCGCCUACCAGCUGCAGGCACUGCUCGCCCUUCGCCCCGACACCCUCGCUGCCGUGCUGCCCGUCGAUGCUAGCUGUGAAGACAUUGAGAUCGACCCGGCGCUGCCCUUCCUGGACCAAUAUGUGGCGGACUCGCUGGCAGCGGGGGCGCGCCCCUACCUCUCGGAGUCGGACCGCCUCAACUUCUCCGUGGGUGCAGAUGCCACCUCCCUCGCCUCCUCCCUGUACGACUCCUCUGCAUCUGCUGCCGCGCGCCACUCAGACCGCACGCUGCGCUUUGAGGCAUACGAGCAGCCCAAGCUGCCCGCCGCACCCCUCACUGCCUCACAGCGUGGCGGCACCGGUGGCGGUGCGUUCUCCUCCUCUGCUGCUGCCUAUUCGUCCGCGAAUCCUCCUCCUGCCCUCUCUGCUACUUCGUCUGGAGGGUUCCGGGAGUCGUCCGGUGGGGCCUAUGGGGGAGGGGAGGCGAGCAGCGGCGGUGGGGGAGGUGCAGCAGAUGGUGCUAGGCUGAACCUCUCAGGCGUGCAACGGAAGUGGGGCCGUCCUGCUGCGUCCCCUCCGUCUGCUGCUCCUUCUUCUUCCGCUCCUGCAGGACCUUCUGCUGACUCAUUUUCUAUCCGUGCUGACUCAUCUGCUUCAGCAGCAGGAGCAGGGGUUGCAGCAUCAGGCGCAACCGCAGGGAGAGGGGGGAGAGCGAGUGAGAGCAGUCAAGUGAGCGAGGAGAAGCAGAGGCUGGCAGCGAAGCUGUUUGGGGGCAAGGGAGCAGCAGGUGGGGGUGCAGCCGCUUCAUCUGGCCUGGCAGGGACGAGGUCUGAGCCAAGAACGGUGGGGGCAGGAGGGCCGUGGGGCAAACGAGGGUCUGGAGGAGCAGCAGAGGGCGCUGCAGCAGAUGGUGCUGCUUCCAGUGCUCCUGCACCCCCUCCUGCCCCUGCUGCCCCCGUGGCUGACCUGUUGCUGAUGGAUCUCAAUGAUGACCCGCCCCCAGCGAACAUGGCAUCCAUGCUUGACAGCUCAGCAGCAGCCCCUGCCAGUACAGCUGGUACUGCUUCAUUGGACCCUUUCAAGGCUCUGGAGGAGCUGACAGUGAUGCCAGCUGGUGAACCGCUAUUGGCUGAGAUCAGCAUGAGUGGCGGUUCGUCUGCCAGCAUGAGCUCAACAGCCACUGCAUCUCCUGCACCUGCACUCUCUGGUGCGGUUGGUGCUGCGGAUAAGUCAGCGAACGGAGCAGCCAUCGGUGGGGCGGUGGCCAUUGGUGGGCGAACAGCAGUGGGUGCUGCAGCUGCAGCAGGUGCAACAGCCAAGGGCCGAGAUGCUGCUGCUCGCAGAGUUGGAGUGGUCACUCCAGAGUCGGGCGCAAACCCUGAACUGUUCAAGGACCUGUUUUGA